AUGCGCUUCAAGGCCCAGAUACAGAACAUUCCCACUUUCACAAAACUCACCGCAUCUCUCAAUUCGCUGGGGCCGCUCGCAUGGGUCAAGCUCAGCGAAGAGCAGGUGUGCUUCACCAUCAUACCUGAGCAGGGCACACAGGUCUGGGCUGUACUUUCCAUUGACGCCAUCUUCGAGACCAUCUCAGUACAGUCUGCUGCCAACAAUGUCAUCAACCUUGAGGUACCGCUCACGUCGCUCAACCGAGCCCUUAAGUCGGCCUUGAAUGCCACAUCCGCCCAGAUACGCCUCACGAAGAAGGACAAUAUGCCCGUACUUGCCUUGACUAUCGUCACGACCACGUCCUCGAACUCGUACGGCGCCUUCCCAACUGCAGGCCCAAAUAACGACGAUGGUUUCGAUGCACCAUUCGACAAUACUUUCGGAGGCAACCGCGAGACGGUCGUCACGCAAGAGAUACCCGUGCGCGUGCUUGCCCCAGACACAGUAGCCAACAUACACGAGCCUCACACUCGGGAGCCAGAUGUGCACAUCAUACUACCGCCGCUGAUGCAGCUCAAAAGUAUCAGCGACAGGUUUACAAAGCUGGCUCUCGCGGACGCAAAGCCAGGAUCGGGCACCGCGGCGACCAGGACACGGCUGGAGGUCUCUGCAAACAUGCAUGGUUGUCUCAAGAUGAGCAUCAAAUCCGACGCAAUGAGCAUCUCAUCUGUCUGGACAGACUUGAGCAACCCAGAAUUGGAUCCUGCCCAGGUUGCAGGAGGCGAGGAUGGGCUUGCUGGUCAUCCCAGUACGCGCAUGAAGCAGUUGGGCUCUGCAGAUGGACGCAGUGAGGAAGGCUGGGCAACAGUCAGGAUAGAUGGGCGCGAUUGGGGAAAGGUGAUGAGUGUGGGGAGACUUGGUGGGAGAGUUAUUGCCUGCUUCUGCCACGAGCACGCUCUAAUCCUUUACGUCUAUCUGCCGAAUGACAAUGGCAACGACGAAUCUGUCUUGACGUACUAUGUCAGCUCGUACAGCGCAUGA